CAUUUCUCAACCAGCUGAACACUCUGGCUUAUUCAUGGAUUGAAAUCCAGAAUUUAUUUUUUUUUCCCUCUGACCAUUUGUAUUGGCCAACAUUAGCUUAUGGUCAAACCCUAACUUGCAAUAAUAAUUACAAGGCAGGGAUGAGCCUAAAGUGCCACAGCAAAGAUAAAGAGAACCUGAUCUGGACUGAAAUUAAUUUGAGUGGCAAAGUUUUAAGAUAAAAGCUUCCCUUUCAUUUGGAAAUUAAGGUUCAAAUGUGACACUGAAUUUUUAUUUUUUCUUGGAAGGGUCCUAUGUCCUCUGUAUCGUAAGGACAUGUUAUGGGACUGCUUUCAUUUUCAGCUGGACUUCCCAUACUUGCAGUACCAAAAGCUCAAAAGAAAUUGUUGGCCAGCAACUUGAAUGCUAUACUUGGGGUAUUAAAGAUGAGACAAAACUAAACAUGACUAAAAGGUCGCUAUCAAACUAAUCUGGACUUCAGUUAUACUUUAGCAAAAACCACAGGUUUGUCACCUUCAUGCUAUACUGCAUUGUUUAAAAUAUCUUACAUAUUUUUUUCUGUCAUGUUAUAAGAAAUAGUCCUGCAAUAAAUUUCACUUUCUGAAAUGAGUAACCAAUUUGAUUUCAUAAUCUAACUUUUAUGUACCUGUUCCAGUGCUAAGAGAUUGGAAUUACUUCUGUAUUGACUAAAGUUGCUUAUGCAAUACAGAGAAAGAAAAGCCAGUGACCAGUCUCUGGAGCAACACAUUAAAUACAACCAGUAAAACUGCUUGCGACCCCCUAGUCCCUGGAAUGGACAGUGUUUUCCAAACAAGUUUAAUAGAAAUCUGAUUUAAGCACUACUUUGAGUAAUCUGGCAUAAAUAUUGAACAUUUUUGUUUCCCCCAAAAAAAUAUUAGAUAUGGUUUGUCAUUUUGAAGUUUUAUCAUUUACCUCAGUUAUUUGACAAAGAUGAUAUCAGUGUCUAUCUUUAGAUGUCUUGAAUACAGCAUGGACAUUUAGUCAAUUUAUCACAGGAAAUACACACCCACACAGACACACACAGAUACCUAACAGCUAGUAAGAGAGAUCAAUUGACACAGUCAUAUUUUUGGACUUCGAAGGAAGCCUGAGUACUUGUGGAGGUCCUACGCGUACAUUGGAAGAACAUCCAAACGUUGUGUGGAGCAGCUCUGGCCAAGAUUAAUACGAAGGAUCUUCUUACUGCGAGGAGACAGUAAUCAUCAUCAACUAGUAGAAUCCCAAGUAGUCAAACUGACACUUGGCUUUCUAGACCAACCAUUUCCUAGUCACGCUUUUUAUGCAUGUGUUUCAUAAAUUAACACAGACAUUAUCCUUGUCUCAUAACAUAAAUAAAAGAAAGCUAAAUGGCACAAGAAAAGGGUAAAUGGAAUAGGAAGUUGGUCGAUUAUCAUAGAAACUAGAAAAUUUUGACAUUUUACAAGUUAGAAUACAUUAUUUGCCCUUGAUGGUUUCGGAACCCUUAAUCUAUGGUAAAGUAAUAUCCUAAGUCAUUGUAAGCCUCUGUAGAUUAACAACAGCAACAACAAUAUAUGUGAAGUGUCUGUGAAUGUGAUAAUAUAAAUUAAUUUUCAACACCACAUAAGCCAUAUGCGUGCUUUUAUUCUCUGUCCUUCUUCUUACCAUAAAAUGAAACAUUUGAUGAGUUGGAUCUUUUGGGAGAUUUGAAUUAGAGCCUUGCUGCAAUUACACCAAUUAAUGGUCUAUGGCUGACUGCUGCUCGCAGGUGAAAGUAAUUCCCUUGAUUGAACUGCAACAGUCAGUGAGACUAAAAGCACAGCUGGGAGAAGUCCUCAGUUUUCAUUCAUGAUGGCUUUCUUUUGGUAUUGUGAGUUCCUUCUCUGGUUGGUGGCUGUUGGGUUGGCUGCUGCAGAUUUGAAACUGGACUGUGGGCCUGAUCAUGUGACCCUGGUUUGGUCAGACAGCAGAUCCCAGGCCGAUACGUCGCUGUUUCGUCUUGGUAGCUGCUUCCCUACCACCUUCACGCCCCGGGAGGUGUUCUUCAACGUGGAACUCGACGACUGCAACUUUAGGAGGCUGGUCUCUGGCAAUGACCUGAACUACACAAAUGACCUGUUCUACGUGUCGUCUCCUGACUCUUAUGUGCUUCCUUUUACUCUUCCAGUGGUCUGCUCCUAUCAAAGGCCCAAAAACUGGUACCCAAUGCUCUAUGAGCCGGUGUCCUCUACAUACGGAGUCGAAGACUUGGAAUUCCAUAUUGAACUCAUGAAUGCUAACUUUUCAGGCCCUGCUGAAACGUCAUCCUUUCCCCUGGGUUCCAUGAUCCCCAUCAAGGCUAGUGUGGAUGCAGUAGCCCAUCAACCCUUGCUGCUUCUGCUUGAAGAAUGUGUUGCCGCAACCACAUCAAACCUCGAGGUUGCUGUUGAAACUUACACCAUAAUCACCAAUAAGGGGUGUCUUGUAGACAGUAAAAUCACCCGCUCAAAAUUUGAACAAAGACAGAAGCCCUCAGAACUCCAGCUAUCCCUACAGGCAUUUAGGUUUGGGCUUGGACAAGAGGUAUACAUCCACUGCACCAUGUCUGCUUGGGAUCCCAACGGUGUUGACAGCACCAAGAAGGCCUGCCAUUAUGUGAAGGAUCACGGUUGGGAGUUGCUGGAUAACCCUGUGUACAGUAGCAUAUGUGACUGCUGUGACUCCUCCUGCAAGACCAGAAGAGCAAGAAGCCCAGGAACAGGCAAUGGUUUGUCCCAGAAGGCAGUGAUUGGCCCACUUACCAUUACUGACUUGGCCUAACAUGUGAAGCUCUGACUGGAACUUCUGGAGAGCCCUUGAAGGAAUGUGGAAUCUAUAAAUACUUUACAAAUGAGGAAAAGUCUCUGUAUAUUAACUGAUAAAGUUUGGAUUAAAGCCUGGGGGGAAAAAAAACU